UAGAGAGGAGUGAAGUGAUGGAGGCCAAUCUGAAUAUGGCGCUAAUAACAAUCAGGCACUAAUAACAAUUAGGCACUAAUAACAGUCUUUUAUUCAACUGAAACAGCUGUAACAUACUUAUAGAACCUCUCUACAAGUCCAGUAGCCAGACAUGGAAAUUUAAUAUUUAACAACUUAACAAUGUAAACUCAACUCGAAGGAAGUCAAAGUUCAGGUGUUUAAAUAACCGCAUAAAAUGUCAGGAAUGGUUGAACAAAAGUGAUGGCUCUCAAUUCAACACUUAAGCUGUUGUAUAUGACUAAACACCAAUUAGUUUAUUGAAACAACAAUUAAUUUAUGCCACUUACACCACAGUCAACAACUGGUGAAAACUAAAAAUUUGCAAGCGACUGCUAUACAUGUAAUUCAUACAGAGGAUCCUGAUAAAGUUAUUGGAUUAUACUAUGGAUGAGACGUUAACAAGAAGUUUAGAGAUAAGUUAAUGUGGUACAUGUACUUCAAAUUAUAAGGUUUACAACUACAUCCUGCCGCUAAGAUACCAAAGAAAACACAUCUUAUAUAGUGCCUCCUCAAGGACUGGAGUCUCACAAAUUAUGAAAAACAAAUAGCAUCCAUUCUAGUGAUUGCAAAAUGUUCUUCUUGGAAUUGUAUUAAAAAUUAAAAUAUAUUAGAUUACAGAAGCAUAUGUUGCCAUAAAUCUAGAAUUACUUAAUCCAACAUUGAAGUAUUAAAGUAUUAAACAAUAGUCCAUCACGUAUCAAAAUCAUCAUGCCAGAAGGGGUCAUGAUCGUACCUACAACGGACAGCAAAGUCUUAAGGACGCCAUUAACUCUAGUACAGUUGUUAUUGCUCAACUCUAUAAUUUGCGGCCUUGAGUUUUGUGCCAGCGCAGGAUUUACAUAUAUUCCUCCAAUGUUACUGAAAUCUGGAAUCAGUGAAAGUUUCAUGAGUGCGAUUUUAGGCAUGGGGCCCUUAUUAUGCUUUUUCAUCGUUCCAGUCAUAGGAAGAGCCAGUGAUAAUUGUAUGAGUCGCUACGGGAGACGGCGACCAUUUAUUUUUGUAUUCAGUAUUGGAUUAUUACUAUCAUUAAUUAUCAUACCUUAUGGAGAAUAUCUCGGAGUAUUUGCUUUUGGAAAUGGUAGUCACUCAAAGGCUGUAGGUGUAGUGCUGUUAACAUUAGGUGCAAUAUUAUUAGACUUUACGAGUCAGGCAUGCAUGACACCAUGCGAGGCUUUAUUAUCAGACGCCUGUAAAUACACAAAUCAACAGGACCGUUGUUUCACUAUAUAUUCAUUAAUGUGUAGUUUAGGAGGGUGCAUUGGAUACCUCAUCACCUCACUAGAUUGGAAAUCCAGCUCAAUCGGACAGUAUUUCGGCAAUCAAGAAAAAUCCGUCUUCUCUUUACUGAUACUUCUAUUUUUAUUUACGAUGUUCGCUACGAUAUGUAUAGCUGAAGAAGAACCUCUAAGUCCUAUCGAAGUUAAGCCAUCGGAUAAGCUAUACUUAACGCCAAAUAAUAGUUUCAUUGUAAAGACAAUGGAUGACCAGGAAGGUCUGACAGUAGGUGUCAAUGACUUGGGAUAUGAGACUAGUAGUAACCAGUCUCUAUCGGAUGAUAACUGUAAUAACUUUCCCUUGAGCCUCCAGCCUAGCCAAAUUGUACAUAACAAUGAAGUAAGUCUCCACAAUGAGAAGUCCAUCCACAAUGAAAGGUCCCUGAACACUAAUAAGUCUCUACAAAAUAGCAGGUCUUCACAGAAUGAUAGGUUCCCAAUAAAAAAAUCAAGGACAAAAUGUGACGAGGCUCUUACUAAUGAGGCAUGUGCCCGUAUUGCUAUGAGAGUCACAGCCAUGACUAAAAUCAAGAGAAUUAUACACUCAAUCUUCUCAUUUAUCGCCUUAAAAAUUUACAAUGUGCUUCCAAGUACUGUCAAAAAUAUUCUCCAAAUUCCGCUAGUUUUGCGUAAACUGGCAUUCGCCAAUUUCUGCAGCUGGACUGCAAUCAUGAGCUUUAAUCUUUUCUUCACUGACUUCGUUGGCCAACACAUUUAUGGCGGGAACCCAAAUGCUGAUGAGACCAGUCAUCUGUCUCAUCUAUAUGACCAGGGUGUCCGCAUGGGCAGCUGGGGGUUAUUCCUCCAUUGUAUUACAUCAGCUAUAUUUGCAGCGUUCAUUGAGAAUCUCUGUAAGACUUUUGGGAUCAAAGCGACAUAUUUCUUUGGCAUGCUGUCGUUUACUCUCGCGAUGUUGGGAAUGUUGCUUGCUGAUAAUCCUGCCUUGGUCAAUAUAAUGGCCUCAUUGACAGGAUUUGGAUUCGCUACUCUGACCACGAUUCCAUUCAUCUUGGUGACGUCAUACCAUGAAGAGAAAGAGUUCUUCUACUGUGACAUCAACUUCCAAUACUCAACGUCAGAGAACAAACAUGGAUUUGGUGCCGAUAUGGCCAUCCUCGACAGUGCCUACUUCCUGUCUCAAGUGAUCCUCUCACUCUUUAUGGGAUCAAUCGUCUCUUAUACAGGCACAGUGUUGAGCUACAUCAUCGUUGCAGCAAUAUUUGGCAUCAUUUCAUGUAUUUGUAUCUUGAAUGUGAUAACAAGCAAACAGCAGCUAGUCUCCCAUAUGAACGCUCAGAAAGACCCAAAUAAACCAAAUGGAUGCGUGCAGUUUAUGAUAUUAUAGUAGAGUAGGGUUGCAUAGAGAUUUAUUUACCUCACUCUUUGAAACUAGCAUUUUUAUUAUGUCACCAUCAGAAGUGGUGACAUAUCGUUCUAGUCUCUUUGUUAAUGGUGUUCUGCAGUCUGUGUCUGUAACAAAUGGCAGGUUGUGACAUUUUGCAUGUUAAUGGCUUGUUGGUCUUGUUACACAAGAUGACACAAAAAUGCAACCCUCUAAUUUGGAACAACUCUAAAUUGUGAUGGUACCUGAAUAUUUCUGUGUAAA